AACCACAGCUGCGGGCGUGGUCUGCGCGGGGCUGCCCUCCUGUUCUGGCUUAUCAGGGGAUCCCCAAAGAAAGCAAGGGGACCAAGGCCGGGGCUGCUGGGGUGAAGGUCCGGGAGGCUGAGUAAGGGGACGGAAGGGCACAGGCCAUGGAAAGGAAUGACAUCAUCGACUUCAAGGCUUUGGAGAAAGAGCUGCAGGCUGCACUCACUGCUGAUGAGAAGUACAAACGGGAGAAUGCUGCCAAGUUACGGGCAGUGGAACAGAGGGUGGCUUCCUAUGAGGAGUUCAGGGGUAUUGUCCUUGCAUCACAUCUGAAACCACUGGAGCGGAAGGAUAAGAUGGGAGGAAAGAGAACUGUGCCCUGGAACUGUCACAUUAUUCAGGGUAGGACCUUCCAGGAUGUGGCCACUGAAAUCUCCCCGGAGAAAACCCCCCUCCAGCCCGAGACCUCUGCUGACUUCUAUCGUGAUUGGCGACGACACUUGCCAAGUGGGCCAGAGCGCUACCAGGCUCUACUGCAGCUUGGGGGUCCAAGGCUGGGCCGCCUCUUCCAGACAGAUGUGGGGUUUGGACUUCUUGGGGAGCUGCUGGUGGCACUGGCUGAUCACGUGGGGCCGGCUGACCGGGCAGCGGUGCUGGGGAUCCUGCGCAGCCUGGCGAGCACCGGGCGCUUCACCCUGAACCUGAGCCUGCUGAGCCGGGCAGAGAGAGAGAGCUGCAAGGGCUUGUUUCAGAAGCUGCAAGCCAUGGGCACCCCCAGAUCCAUGAAGGAGGGGCUCAGCUGGGAGGGGCAGGGUCCGGAGGAGCAGUCUGGUGGGCUCCAGGAGGAGGAGAGGCUCCUGCAGGAGCUGCUGGAGCUGUACCAGGUUGACUGAUGUGACAAGCUACCCUCAGAGGUCCCGGUGGUCACUGGAGGCAGUUAUUUGGUUGUUGUCUUGGGGGUUCUGCAGGACCAUAAUAAGAAACCCACACUUAGUUUCCUUCUCAACUUGGAAUUUUCAGAGCAAAAACAGGAAUCAAGUCUUCCCCACUUCUCCAGUCCCUCAGUGUCUUGCUAUUUUGAACUGUGUGUAUCCAUGGGACAGUCAAGAGCUCAGGAAGUUGAAAGCGGUUUUGUUUCCCACCCUUAGAGUCUGCCAAGCCUCUAGCCCACUGGCCUUGAGAGAUGAGUGUGUGCCCAACCAAAUGCUGGCUAUACCAGUUACACAGCUCUUAACAAGAAUGUUUACAGCCCCAAACCAAUGAAUGGACAUGUAAUCAACAAAUGAUCAAAUGCUACCUCAUUUGAGGUGUUGAAUUUUCCCCUAGAGACUCAGUUCUUGUGCAGGUUAGGCCUGGGAAAGUCCCAAGCCAUCAGCUCAGGUCCAGCCAGCCUCCCGGAUGGCCAGAUACGCAGGAGAGUGGGUUUCCUUCAUCCCCCAGGUUGAUGAAAGGGAAGAUUUUUCCACCAGACCAGCAGGGCAGGGCCUGGAGCACUGAGGCAGAGAUCUCCGUGCCGAGCACCUCGGUCAGCCCUUCUCAUUCUGGUUUCCUUUGACCCAUUCUUGGGUGAGUGCCAGUGUUCUAGAAAGGGGAGUGAAGGCCAGGUUCUAGAACGGGAUAUCAGGUCUGGAAUGUUAGAAGGGCAUCUUGUACAUCCACUGGGAAUAAAUUGCCUUGCCCUUGGCGGCUUCCUCUGCA